CCGACUAAUGCCAUUGGUCGCGGAACAAAUCGGGGUUUUGAUCCAUUGAAAAGUUUUGCUGGCCAUCAACGCUUCACCCGCUUGCCUUUAUACCAAAACCCACCUCUUUCUCUUCUCAUCCCAAAAUGCCUUUCUCCGCCGGCGACGCUACCAAAGGUGCCAACCUCUUCAAGACUCGUUGUGCACAGUGCCACACCAUCGGUGCUGGCGAGCCCAACAAAGUCGGACCCAACCUUCACGGGCGAGUCAUCUUCCAUCUCUUUGGACGCAAGUCUGGCCAGGCUGAGGGCUUCUCGUACACCGCCGCCAACGUGAACAAGGGCGUUGUCUGGGAGGAGCAGACUCUGUUCGAGUACCUCGAAAACCCCAAGAAGUACAUUCCUGGAACCAAGAUGGCGUUCGCUGGCUUGAAGAAAGACAAGGACCGGAACGACCUCAUUACCUACAUGAAGGAGGCUUCCGCCUGAACGGUUCAUUUCUCAUGCCCUCAUAAUAUGGACGGAUAGAUAUAGAAACCGCAUCUACAGACCUAAUUCGAGGCUUUUACGACCCAUGGGCCCGCAUCUGUGUAGCCUUAACACCCCCCUCAUAUCAUUAUUACGCUGUGCUUUCCGAAACGCGUGUCUGUUCCCUCGCGAUCGGCGAUUGGGGUGAACUUUUCUACCGUACAGUAUACGAAAAGUGUGGUACUCUGACGUUUUCUGGCAUCUAUUUCGUCCGGCACAUGAACUAUGAGCUGGCCAUGAG